UGCAAAUGCUCACAAUGAUCCAGAAUCAGGUGUAGGUUUCUAAACGCUCUUCAGCCGGUUGAAAAUAUGGUUCUCUUCGUUAAACGGAGGACUUUGUGCAUCAGGGCGCUCUUCACAAUCGGCAUCUUCUUUCUUUGCGUGCUCUUCCAAAACGCACUGAUCCACCCUUUCCUCAAAACAUCCGUCGAUUUCCCCGGCGGAGGUCUGUGCGCUUGCGAUAAAUGUGUGACGGAUCUGAACGACACCGAUUGGUUCUUCACGCGGUUCAACCCCACUGUUCCGUUUCUCCUGAACAGAAGAAACAGUGCGUUACGGCCAGACGUCUACAGAUGGUGGAAGGGUCUACAAAGGGAGACCUUUAACGUUAGCUACACGGAGGUGGUGGAUCAGAUGUUUUCUCUCUUUCCUGAUGAAGAGCACUACUCGGACGCCGGUCCCGAUCGCUGCAGAACCUGCGCUGUGGUGGGAAACUCUGGGAACCUCCUGAGAUCCAAUUAUGGUCCUCUGAUAGAUCUUCAUGACGUUGUCAUAAGGAUAAACAGGGGUCCAACAAAAGGUUAUGAGAAGGAUGUGGGGUCAAAGACCACUCACCGGAUUCUCUACCCUGAGAGUGCCGUGGAUUUAGAAAACUCAACCCACCUUGUUCUUCUGCCCUUUAAGAUCAAAGACAUGCGCUGGCUCGUCAGUGCCUUCACCGCUAGACAGAUCACUCGCACUUACAUUAGAGUGAGAUCUACAGUAAACGCUAACAAAGACAAGGUGAUGAUCAUCCAUCCUGAAUUCAUUAAAUAUGUCUAUGAGAGCUGGCUCCAGAAACACGGCAAAUACCCAUCCACUGGAUUCAUUACACUGAUAUUCGCUUUGCACGUCUGUGAUCAGAGUCUUCCACACCCCGAAAAAAAAAGAAGUUGUUUGUGACGACCUGAGCAACAUACCAAACCACUUUCGGGUCGCCCGCACAAAUAGAGAUUUAUGGAAUGUUCACUAACCACACGCAUGCACACGCACAUGCAAACACACACACACAAAAAGUACUAAUCACAGGUAAUAAGUCAAAGAAGCUCAAAAUCUGCAUCACUGUGGAUUCAUUCUUGCACAUCACUUAUGCACAUCAGCAUAACACUUCAAUUACAUACAAAAAAAUGCCUCAGGGUGUUUUUUGAAAUAGAUUGAGCUUGUAGUUUUUCAAGUGUCAGUUUCCUAUUUUUUUUUUUUUAAACUUUAUGCACUUUUAAAUACAUGUCUAUGCACAACAUAUUGAUCAGCAUUUUUGCUCUAAAUGCAGCGAGAUACAAUUAAAGGGAUACAAUUUUUACUAUUGGGUUUCUACUAUCAGUUUCUCACCCUCACGUUGUUCCAAACGCGUAUACAUUUCUUUCUUCUGUUUAACAAAGAAGAUAUUUUAAGAAUAUCGGUUACCAUUUAGUUCCCCAUUGACACCGACAGUAUUUUUUCCUCUAACAAACCGUUUAUGCCAUUGACUUCUAUAUUAGUAAAUUAAUGCUCAAUUUAAUAUAUUCCAGAAACGUUUUUGUUACCAACGUUCUUCAAAAUAUCUUUUGCGUUCGACGUUUGAAACAAGAUGAAUGUGGAGUAAAAUUACAAAAAAAAAAUAUCACUUUUCGUUAAAAGCAUUCAUAGACACACAGUUGAAAAGACAAAACAAAUGGAAUGUUAUUUUUCCAUGAAACUAUUUGACCAAAUACAAAGCAAGAGUGCAAAAGGGCAGUAUUUGUGGCCAAAUAGCUAGCACGAACAACAGUGAGGUAAAUGCUUUCAUAACGAUACAGAUUUCAAGGGAUUCCCAAAAUUUCAAUACCUCGUUUUG